AUGGUGUGCAAGGUUGAAUAUGUCGUUGGUUCAGGAAGAAAGAGUUUGAUCAAAGCAAGGUCUCUCACCAUUUUCAGAAUCCAGUUCUCACUGGUUAGAAAUUCACAUUGGUGCAUCAAUGAACACAAAGUCAUGAAGCUCCUCAGUUACAAGUCCAUUGGAAUCCGGACAAAAUUCGUUGCUAAUAAGUACAAAGAGAUGAGUACAUAUGGUGAAUGAGCUUCACAUAGAUGAAACCAAAGUUCCAGACAUAUGUGCAACACUCUACAGAGAUUAUUGAAUAACAAUGACUUGAUUCUUUCAGAGA